GAUGGAGCUCCCCUUGUUUGACGGUGGGAACCCAUGGGGUUGGAUCGCCAAGGCUGAGCGAUAUUUUCAGAUGAACGGGAUGGAUGAAAGGGAACGAAUACCGGCGGUGAUCCUUUGUUUCGAAGGCGAGGCUUUGAGCUGGUGGCAAUUUAGGGAGUUGUGGCAGCCGUUCAGAGAAUGGAGGGAGUUGAAGGAGGAGCUACUUCUCCGUUUCGGGUUGACGCAAAACCGUACGCCCUAUGAACAAAUCAUUCUCCAUCGGCAGACAGGGACAAUAGCAGAGUACCGAGCACGCUUUGAGCAACUGGUGGCCAUGUUGCCGGCGGUCUCCAUUGAGUGGCUGAAAGGCGCCUUCAUGGCUGGGUUGAGCCCCCGUAUUCAAGCUGAACUGCGGCUGUUAGCACCGACAGACCUUCGUUCGCUGAUGCAGAUGGCGGCGGACGUAGAACAACGUGACUGGGCGUUAUAUGGCAUGGGAGGAAAUUCGGGUAAAGCAGAAGCUGCCCAACCGGGUCAAGCCAAUUCCCUUCUCAGCGCACCAACGGGCUUCUAUCUGCACCCACCCUUUCCAAGCCCAACUUCACACAACCCCAACCAGCUUCCACAGCCUAAUUGGGCCGAACCCAACCUUCCACACUCAAGGCCAAACCAAUUUCAUUACCCAGCCUACCUACCUACAGCCCAAGCCCACCCUCAGUUCCCAGCAUCCAGCCCACCUCUAACUCAGGCUGGCCCAUUACCCAAUAUAAGCAACCCGCCCAAUACUAUUGCCUCGACCCGUAUCCCUUACUCAAUUCUUCCCCAAACCCAAACCCAAACCCCUUCUCCAACGAAUAUCUCCACCCCUUCUCCCUCAACCUCAAAUUUUCCACCACCGACGAACCACACACCCACCCAUUCAGCCACCUCAGCCUUACUCCCACCAUCCUCCUUACCUGCCGGCCAACCAAAAUCACCGUCCCAUGGUUCCGAUCAUUCCAGUUUCUCCGCUCCCCCACCAACCACACACCCCUCACCUCUUUUUAGUAAGCGGCCACCUCUGCCUCCUUUUCCUCGUCGACUCUCUCAGCCCGAAAUCCAGGCCAGGAUCGCUCAGGGACUUUGUUUCAAGUGCGGUGACAAGUACAGCUUCAACCAUCAAUGCCGAUUCCGACAGCUUCGACUGAUGCUUUGUGAAGACGGUGAAGAAGAGUCGACAGAACCAACGGACGCAGCACCAGAGCCUCCGCACCAGGAUGGGCAGGAUAUUGAGUUGUCGAGCCACUCGGUGGCAGGUAUUAACUCCCCUCGCUCAAUGAAGUUGCUAGGAAAAAUUUCCGAGACUGAGGUAGUGGUAUUGGUCGACUCCGGCGCCACUCACAGCUUCCUCUCUCAACAAGUAGUCAAGGACUUAGCUCUCCAGAUCCACCAAAAAGCAUUUUCAGUUACUGUAGGAAACGGACAGAGCAUCAAGGGAGGCGGCGUUUGCAGAGCAGUUAAACUACACUUGGGCUCCAUUCAUUUCCUUCAGGAUUUUUAUGUCUUCCAGCUUGGUAAUGUGGAUGUAAUUCUUGGAAUGGAUUGGCUGUCUACGUUAGGAAUCGUCCACAGUGACUGGCAAUCAUUAACUAUGUGGUUUAAUUGGAAUGGCCAGCAAGUAUCUCUCCAGGGGGACCCCUCCUUGACUAUCAGAGAAACUUCUCUCCGUGGGUUCUGUAAAACUUUAAAAUCAAGCAACCUUGUCUACUGGAUUGAACUCACUCAUACUGUGAUGGAGGACAGCAGUCCAGAACAGCCAGAAAUUACUGCAGUUUUGCAACACUUCCAACAUUUAUUCGAGGAACCUUCAGGUCUCCCUCCUCGACAAACUCGUGAUCAUGCUAUACGGCUAGUGGAGGGCGCCAUUCCACCCAACAUUCGCCCUUACCGCUAUCCGCAUCAUCAGAAAAAUGAAGUGGAAAGGCAGAUCCAAGACAUGUUAAAGGCAGGCAUCAUCUGCCCAAGUAUCAGCCCUUUCUCCAACCCGGUUCUGCUGGUUCAGAAAAAAGAUGGAGGUUGGCGUUUUUGUGUUGAUUACAGGGUCUUCAACAAGCUCACGAUACCAGAUAAGUUUCCUAUUCCAGCUAUUGAUGAAUUGUUAGAUGAAUUAUCUGGCGCCACCAUCUUUAGUAAAUUAGAUUUGAAGUCUGGAUAUCAUCAGAUUAGGAUUGUUGACAAUGAUAUUGAGAAAACAACUUUUCGGACCCAUAAUGGACAUUACGAGUUCUUAGUAAUGCCCUUUGGUUUGUCCAAUGCACCGGCCACUUUCCAAGCCUUAAUGAAUACGGUUUUUCGUGACCACUUACGUCGUUUCAUAUUGGUAUUCUUUGAUGAUAUAUUGAUUUACAGUCGAGACCUUGCAGAUCACCUCGAGCACUUGCAUACAGCAUUGACCUUGCUUUCAGAACACCACUUGGUCUUAAAUAGGAAAAAAUGCUCUUUUGCCGUGACACAGCUUGAAUAUUUGGGCCACAUUAUUUCUGCCUCAAGAGUUGCUGCUGACCCCAAAAAAAUUCAAUGUAUGGUUGAUUGGCCACUUCCCAAAGACAUUACUGAGCUUCGAGGAUUUCUGGGUCUCACAGGGUACUAUCGCCGAUUCGUUCGCAAUUAUGGGCGAAUCGCCGCACCUCUCACUCAACUCUUGAAAAAGAAUUCCUUUUUGUGGUCGGAUGAAGCUACGCAUGCCUUUGAGACUCUUAAGAAGACUAUGACUACGGUUCCAGUGUUAGCAAUGCCAGAUUUUACUCAACCAUUUAUUGUGGAGACAGAUGCAUCGGCUAUAGGUAUCGGGGCGGUUCUUAUGCAAGGUGGCAGGCCAAUUUCCUUCAUGAGUCAAGCUUUAUCUCCAAGGAGUCAAGCAAAAUCUAUCUAUGAGCGGGAGUUAAUGGCUAUAGUCUUGGCUUUACAGAAAUGGCGACACUAUUUAUUGGGGAAACACUUCAUAGUACGAACCGACCAAAAGAGCCUCAAAUAUUUGAUGGAGCAACAAUUGUGAGUGGGGACCAACAACGUUGGGUGAUGAAAUUGUUGGGAUUUGAUUUUGAGAUUCAGUAUCGCUCGGGGGUUGAAAACAAAGCUGCGGAUGCCUUUUCCAGAUUACCCAUUUGCACUAACCUGGCCGCUCUCUCUACUAGUUCAUGGGUUGAGGGUGAUAUUGUGGCCGAGGAGGUUCAGUCUGAUCACCAUUAUCGAGGAAUUAUUCAAGAUUUACUUCGGGACCCAAACAGCCAUGCCAAUUUUUGUAUUGAAAAAUGGGAUUCUUUUUUAUAAAGGUAGAUUGGUGCUUGCUCCCCAUUCCACGGUUCUUCCGGUUGUUUUGUCUGAGUUUCAUGCUUCCCCUUUUGGUGGACAUUCGGGGUUUUUCCGUACUUAUAAAAGGAUUACAGCGGUAUUCUUCUAGAUUGGGAUGAAAAAGUCUAUUAAGGACUAUGUGGCUAGUUGUGAAGUUUGUCAACGGAGUAAAUAUCAAGCUAUGAGCCCAGCUGGAUUGUUGCAACCCUUGCCAAUCCCCGAUAAAGUUUGGGACGACAUUACUAUGGAUUUUAUUGGAGGCCUACCCCGCACGAGUCAAGGAGACACUAUACUCGUCAUAGUUGACCGAUUGACAAAGUACUCUCAUUUCUUGUUGCUCUUGCAUCCGUAUACUGCAAAAGAUGUGGCUGAGUUAUUUGGGAGGGACAUUGUUCGUCUUCAUGGUUACCCUCGCUCCAUCAUCUCCGAUCGAGACCGUCUUUUCAUGAGUCAUUUUUGGACUGAGCUAUUUCGUGUUAUGGGGACCGUUUUGAAGUUUAGUACCGCUUAUCAUCCCCAAACCGAUGGCCAAACCGAGAUCCUUAAUCGUAGCCUUGAGACUUAUCUACGUUGUUUUUGUGUUCAACGGCCCCGUAGUUGGACCAAAUGGCUUCCUUGGGCGGAAUAUUGGUACAAUACUUCCUUCCAUAGCUCCAUUGGCAUGACCCCUUUUAAAGCUUUGUAUGGGCGUGACCCUCCAACAUUACUUAGGUGGGGUUCCAUGGCAUCCAAAAUUGAUGACGUGGGUGUUUUGUUACAACAAAGGGAUGCUAUUUUGAAUGAGCUUAAAGACCACCUACAUCGUGCCCAAGAACGAAUGAAAAGACAAGUCGACUUGAAAAGAAGAGAAGUCCAAUUUGAGGUGGGUGAUAAGGUCUUCCUCAAGCUACAACCUUAUCGUUUUAAAAAUUUGGCUAAACGUCCCAAUGAGAAGCUAAGCCCUCGGUUUUAUGGGCCUUACGACAUUCUUGAGAAGAUUGGAGCGGUUGCAUAUCGUUUGCUCUUACCACCGGGUACCAAAAUUCACCCCGUUUUCCAUGUCUCUCAGCUCAAGAAGAUGGUAGGGACUGAAAUUCAAUCCCAACCAUUGCCCACCUGCCUCACGGAUGAUUUAGAGCUCAAAUUGCAACCGGAGGCCGUGUUGGAAACUCGUUUUGCUAAGAAUGGCAGCCUGGAAGUCCUUCUCAAAUGGCAGCACCUACCUCCAUGUGAAAACUCUUGGGAAGACUAUAUAGAGGUCCAGGAGCACUUUCCUUCUUUUCACCUUGAGGACAAGGUGAGACUCUUAGGGGGGGGGGGGGUAUUGUUGGGAACCUAAUUACAAGAGUUUAGCACCGCAGGCCCAAAGGAAACAAUACAGAAGGCAGCCCAGGGAGUAUGAGUAUUGGCCCAGCUGAGAACAAAAAAGAAGACCAAAUGGAGGAGGGCAGUCUGGACAAAGCACCCAGGCAGCUGAAUUAAUGGAAGCUUCUUUUCCAGAAUUUUACAGUGGUGGGGUCCAUUGAUAGUUAGCAGGCAGCACAUAAAAUGGGAAAAAAAGCUUGGAUGAGGACAGAAUAUGUUGGAUGAAGUUUUGAGUAGCAGAAUAGGAUUGGAGAGGGCUGACUCUCGGAACUCAGCAUUCCUUAGCUUUAUUUUGAUUUCUGUUAUUGUUCUGGUUGUUGUUUUGUGGAAUUCUUACUGGAUUUGUUGAUGAAUUUGUUGUUGAAUUUGAUUUUGUGGAUUGGAGCAAUAUUGCUGGAACAUUAUUUCACCAUGGAUAUGGAAAUGGAAUAGAAAACUUGCUUGAUUUUUAUUCAAAUAGAAAGCUGUCAAAAUUACAAUUUUAUGUUACAUAUGAAUGAAAAUGGAGAAUAAAUCAAUUUGUUCUUCCUUUGCUUGGUUGUGGACGAAUGCUUGUGAGAUUAAUUAGUUGAGUUGAUGCUGGAGAGAACCUUGAACUUGAGACUGCAGGAAGAGGCUGAAUCUGGAAACUGGCUGGAGGAGCUGUUGAGCUUUGCUGGAACCUUCAGUUAGCUGGAAAUCUUAGCCAUUUUUCCAGGUCUGUAUCAGCCUCAUUUUAGCUACCUAUCAGAAUAAUCGAGGAAACCAGUGCGAGAAUGAUCCAAAUAAUACGACAAUAUUUGUUGGUGGCUUGGAUCCUAGUGUUUCAGAUGACAUUUUGAAAUCAGGUUUUGGUCAAUAUGGUGAGUUAGUUCAUGUGAAAAUUCCAGCAGGAAAACAUUGUGGUUUUGUAUAGUUUGCUAACAGAGCUUGUAAGGAGCAAGCCUUGUCAAUGUUGAAUGGAACCCAAUUAGGAGGGCAAUACAUUCAACUUUCAUGUGGAGGUAGUCCUUCUUACAAACAGGAUCAGCCUGAUCAAGCUCAGUAUGGAUAUGCACAAGGAUAUGAGGCAUAUAGAUAUGCGCCUCCACCCCAAGACCUGAACAUGUAUUAUGGGGUUUAUCCUGGAUAUGGAAAGUACCAGCAGCCAGGGGCAUACCAACAACCACAGCAUUGAUCAGUCUAUGUUGAGAUGUUAAAGUUAGUGUUGGCAUGAUCAGUUGAAUUUUAAGGUGCGGAUGGCUUUUUAACGUUGCUGUGUUUGGAGUUAAGAGUAUGAUUUUCUUCUCUUUUUAAUUCUAUGUUUUUGUUUGUAAGGUUGGUUGUAUGUUGAAGCACUAUAGGUUGGGGUUUUAACACGAGCAUAGAGGCUUUCAUUUGAUAAGUUGGUGUAGCUGCCGCUUUACUCUUUGAUGUUAUUUGUGUACAAUUUGCUAUUUUAAUUAUCUUAUGUGAUGUGCUUUCAACUUUUAUAUUGCUAUUUUAAUUAUCUUAUGUGAUGUGCUUUCAAUAAAGUUAAAUAUAGUGAAGGCUGAAGUGAUUAUGAAAUAAUACAAAAAAAAGAAAAACUUACUGAGAGGUUUGAAGUAAUACCAAAUAAACUCAUAUGAAUCAAAUUCCAGAGGGGUAAAUCUGAAAGUCGUAUUGCUCCACAUCCUCAAAAUCCUUCAGUCUUUGCUUUAGCUCGGACAGUGGCGACCGUAAUUCCAAUUUGUUGAAAGUCUUAAUGUGCCAUAGAUCUUCAGGAAGCUUUCUCAAGUAAGCACAAGGAUUGAUAACUAAACAUUCGAGGUUUGGCAUGGCUCCUGUUUCCAUUGUCCACUUUUCUAGCCACAGCAUUGAUUUCAGAUGCAAAACCCUGAGCUUUAAGAAACCACCGGAAGUGGAAGCCAACUUUCUACCAAUAUAAGAAUUGUGAUUCUGCUUGAGGAUUAUAAGAUGUUGUAGCUUCUCCAGUGUUGGCACGGGAUCAGCCUUCUGUUCAGUAUUUGACAUGCUCAGUUGGGUCAGUUGUGGAGGAAACUGAUACUCACUCAGCUUAAUUGCUGAGAUCAUUGAGUUCUCACUUUUAUUCACCAGCUUCAAUGAUUCAAGAUUGAGUGGUUUACAGAGGCUUUCGGACAGCGUAGAUUGAUAUGAACUCAAGUUUAAAUGUACUCGAAGACUUGGAAGAUUAGGCAGUCUGCUCAGUAUACCUUGAGUACAACUACUGGGGUGUAAGGUUGAUAAGAAGUUGAGAUUUUCCAGAGAGUUACAAUAUUUCCCAGGAUGUGCAGGCAAUUUGAUGAGCUUAAAAUUCAGACGCCUCAGUUUGUGCAUCUUCCAAAUAUCAUCUGUUGUAUCGUCUGUGGAGCCAUUUGGCAUGUCCAGAGUGUACAGUCUGGGAAGAUUGUUGCAUAAUUCUGAAAGAAUUCUGGCGAGGGAAGGAAUAUCCAACUUUAAGUACCUCAGAAGAAACAAAGUUCCUAUUCCAGUGGGAUAUUGUUGGAGAACCAGAGCUCCCAAAUCUAAUAGCCUGAGUUUGAAGUUUUCAGAAACGUGAUUAUCUGGGCCAGAUUGUUGCUUUUCGAGCCAAGGCAGAACAGUGAAGAGAGAUAUGGGGCAGAGUACUUUGAAGGUACAAAUAUGCUGGCAUCAAAAUGAAUAGAGAGCUGUUUAAAUCUUUUGAGUGGCGGCUCAUCUUCAAUUUUAAGUUGAACAUGGAUAAACUACACCUUCUCAACCAUGAUGCUAAAUAGAAUAUCCCGGGUAUAACCAUUAAUGUUGUAUGUUUUAAUUCUACCUCCAGAUGUUCUCUUUUCUACUUGAACAAAGCCCGUGGCUAUCAGCUCUUUCAAGUACUCCUCAGCUGUUGCCUCACUGUUAUGAUGGAUGAAACCUUCAGCAAUCCAAAGCUGAUACAAGUGCCAUGUGAAUAUCUCAAAGCCUUCAGGAAAGACAGCAAAAUAAAGAAAACAGGGUUUCAAGUUCAAAGGUAGAUUCGGGAAAGAGUAAGAUGUAAUCCAGCAGAGCGAUGGCAAGUGUAUUUUUUUUGCUUCAACACAGUGAAGAUACAGCUUCAAGAAAAGAUCUUGAAUAUCCAUCUCUGACAACAAACCUGAAAUGCAUAAGAUGUCUAAAGGCCACCCUCGACAAAAAUUUCUCAGUGAAUUUAUGACAGCCUCGAUCUCAAGCUGACUGCCCUCUUUGAUAAAAACUAUCAAGUAACAUCUCCUGAUUGUCUUCUUCAGAUAGUCGCCCUAUAUCAAGAUGACAGGCGUCCCAGUUUGUACCAACAUUAAAAUCUUUGGAUGUUAUGAGUACUCUACUUCCAUUAUGAUCAGUUGCUUUUUGAUAUCCCAGAUUUGUGGAUUUAAUUCAUCUGUUUUUAUGAAAUUGCCAAUAAGGUUGUGUCGAUGUUCCCUUAUGAAAGAAGUCAUACGUUCAAAAUCAGUUUGAAUCUUCCGAAGCACUUCCUUAACUUCAUCCGGCAAAAACCUUCAUCUCCUGCUGAUAGCGUUUUCAGCCUCUGUGAAAAUACUAUAACGUCCAUGUCUCUAGAAUCAUAUAAUUUUAAGUUUCAGAAGUUUAAUCUCGAUCUGUUGUGCCCGGAUGGACUCAGAAGGCAUCCCUUCAAUUCAAAGGCAUGACUUGAUCAUUAGAAAUGACUAUUGUAUUUCAGUUAUGUUUGGUAGGGCACUUGACCAGCUUCACCUGUUGCGUUUGUUGUAUUUCUUCCAGUUUUUUCCUAAUAAAACUACUGAAAUUAUUUUAAAA